AUGUCCAACCCUCACAGGUCAAGAGGAACGCCAACACCCAAUCCGCGAUUCCGAGUCCAACCCCAACAAGAUCUAAGGCGCAAAAUCUCAGAACCGCCCCAAGCCACCGCAGGACCAGCCCUCCUCAAACCAAAACCCCGACCCUUCUUCUCCCUCUUCAGCGUCCUCCGCCAACGCUUCUCCGCCCUCCCAUCCCCAGUCCGCCGCGCAUGCGGCACCCUCCGCUGGCUAGCACCCAUCAUCCCAAUCGGCCUCUUCUUCCCCGAACAUGUCAUGCAAGUGAUGUGGGUGCGCGGGCCCUCAAUGACCCCCUACCUGAACGAAGACUACGCCCAAACCCAAACCCAGAGCGACAUGGUGCUGGUCAGCAUGUGGCCCUGGGGAUCUAUCAUCCCCUUCCAGAAAGAGCGCAAGCUGGAGCGCGGAAUGAUUGUCACCUUCCGUUCUCCGGCGAAUCCCUCGCAUAUCGCUAUCAAGCGCAUUAUCGGCUUGCCGGGUGAUCGCAUUACGACUCGGGAGCCGUGCGUUCGUCGCACCCAGAUCGUGCCUUGGAAUCAUGUUUGGUUGGAAGGUGAUGCGGAAGAUCCGAGGAAGACGCUUGAUAGUAAUACCUACGGCCCGGUGAGUUUGAGUUUGGUUACUGGCCGGGUAUUUGCGGUGUUGGGUCCGCGCAUGCGUUGGUUGGAUUGGAUGGAUUGGGAAUCUAAGAAGGAGGCUGGGGCGAAUGAGACUGCGGUUGAUGUACACAGGCAGAGUGUGCGGGAUCGUGUUUUGAAGAAUGCGGUUAAGCUUGAGCAGCCGUUUUUGAACUGA